GCCGGGAGGGGCGGGGGCAGCGGCCGCCGCCGUUUGAUGGAUCCGAGGAUCGCCUGGUUCCAGCCAGAGCAGCUCGGACCGUCCAACAGUCUGUGGAUGCAGAUCUGGGAGACGACCCAGGGUCUGAGGAACCUCUACUUCAACCACCACUGUCACAGCAGCGGCGGCGCGAGCGGCGGCGGCGGCGGCGGAGGAGGAGGAGGAGGAGGAGGAGGCAGCGGCAGCGGCACGGCUACCGGCGGCGGGAGCGGCAGCGGCACCGGCAGCCCCGGAGGCACGGCCCCGGCCCCGGCCGGCAUGUACCGCUCCGGGGAGCGUCUGCUGAGCGGCCACGCUCUGCCCGCCGAGCAGCGGGACUUCCUGCCCCUGGAGACGACCAACAACAACAACAACCAUCACCACCACCAGCCCGCGGCCUGGGCCCGUCGCUCGGCCGCGGCUCCCUCGGCAUCCUCGUCCCCCUUGGCAUCCUCGUCCCCGCAUCCCUCGGCGGCCCUCCCUGCAGCCGAGCCCGCGGACCCGGCCUCGGGCAGCAGCAACAAGCGGAAGCGCGACAACAAGGCCAGCACCUACGGACUCAACUACACCCUGCUGCAGCCCAGCGGAGGGCGCGCCUCCGGGGGCGGGCGGGCGGACGGCGGCGGGGGCGUGUACAGCGGUACCCCGUGGAAGCGGAGGAACUACAACCAGGGAGUCGUGGGUUUGCAUGAAGAAAUCAGUGAUUUUUAUGAAUACAUGUCUCCCAGACCUGAGGAAGAGAAGAUGCGGAUGGAGGUGGUGAACAGGAUUGAGAGCGUCAUUAAGGAGCUCUGGCCCAGCGCUGAUGUCCAGAUAUUUGGAAGUUUUAAAACUGGCCUGUAUUUACCUACUAGUGACAUCGAUCUUGUGGUUUUUGGGAAGUGGGAAAACCUGCCCCUCUGGACCCUGGAGGAAGCCCUUCGGAAACACAAAGUCGCUGACGAGGAUUCCGUGAAAGUUCUAGACAAAGCAACGGUACCUAUUAUUAAAUUAACAGAUUCUUUUACUGAAGUGAAAGUUGAUAUCAGCUUUAAUGUCCAGAAUGGUGUGAGAGCAGCAGAUCUCAUCAAAGAUUUUACCAAGAAAUAUCCUGUGUUGCCAUACUUGGUUUUAGUAUUGAAGCAGUUCUUACUACAGAGGGACCUGAAUGAAGUAUUUACGGGAGGAAUUGGUUCUUACAGUCUCUUUUUAAUGGCCGUCAGUUUCCUUCAGUUACAUCCCAGGGAAGAUGCUUGCAUCCCCAAUACAAACUAUGGUGUUCUCUUAAUAGAAUUUUUUGAAUUAUAUGGGCGGCACUUCAAUUACUUAAAGACUGGCAUCCGGAUAAAGGAUGGUGGCUCAUAUGUGGCCAAGGAUGAAGUACAGAAAAAUAUGCUCGAUGGCUACCGGCCGUCGAUGCUUUACAUCGAAGAUCCUUUACAACCAGGUAAUGAUGUUGGAAGGAGUUCCUAUGGGGCCAUGCAAGUGAAACAGGCCUUUGAUUAUGCCUACGUGGUUUUGAGUCAUGCUGUAUCACCAAUUGCAAAGUACUAUCCCAACAACGAAACCGAGAGUAUAUUAGGUAGAAUAAUUAGAGUAACGGAUGAAGUUGCCACAUAUAGAGAUUGGAUAUCAAAGCAGUGGGGCUUGCAGAAUAGGCCUGAGCCUUCAUGCAAUGGAAAUGGUGUUACCUUGAUAGUAGAUACUCAGCAGUUAGAUAAAUGUAAUAAUAAUCUGUCUGAAGAAAAGGAAGCCCUUGGAAAAUGUAGAAGUAAAGCCUGGGGAUCUCUUAGUAAACACUCUUCAAACUCUUCAUCAGGUCCAGUGUCCUCCUCCUCUGCCACGCAGUCCAGCUCUAGCGAUGUCGAUUCUGAUGCGACACCAUGCAAAACCCCAAAACAGUUGCUCUGCCGUCCACCUACUGGCAACCGAGUAGCCUCACAAGAUGUGUCCCUGGAAACCUCACAGGCAGUUGGGAAAAUGCAGAGCACACAAACCACUAACACACCCAGCAGCACCAACAAAUCGCAGCAUGGAUCAGCAAGGCUCUUCCGUUCUUCCAGCAAAGGCUUCCAAGGUACAGCCCAAACAAGCCAUGGUUCCUUGAUGACAAGCAAACAGCAUCAAGGCAAAUCCAAUAAUCAGUAUUACCAUGGCAAAAAGAGGAAACACAAGAGGGACGCGCCCCUCUCAGACCUUUGUAGAUAGUCGGCGCUGUGCGAUGGACUGUCUUCUGUGUGCAAUGAUCUCGUGCUCAGGACAGUUGCACAGGGACUCCUGGGACAUCAGGAGCCUCACACUGUUCAGACGUUGAUUUAGCAACUGCGUUUUUUUUUCCCAGCUCGCCACGGAAUGGAUCAUGAAGACUGACAACUACAAAAACAAAAAGCAAGCAAAAAAAAAAGGGUGGGGGGAAGGCUGCUUAUUUGAUAAGUCAUAUGCUACAACAGGGUCAUUUUAAGAUUUAAAGCUUGAAUGUAAAAUAAAUAUAUUUCUCAUUGGCUUUAUCAGAGUUAUAGGGAAUAGUAUUCAGUGUGGGUAGGGUGAUAGAAACAAAAAAACAAUUUUGGAGGAUGGGGUGGGAAGGCAAACAAGUGUCUUAUAGGAAGUCCAGAUUCCAAGGGGGGAAAGUGAUUUGUGCAUGUUUUUUUUUAAAAAAAAUAAUUUUGCAUAUAUUUGCCAUUUUACUGUGUGUAUAUAUAGAAGACCAUAUAGGAAAUUGAUAUUUGUAAUAGUGGAUUUGUUAAUACUUUUUACAUAACAUUACUGUUUGAAUUGUAAACAGAUUUUUUCUCAGGAUUAGCUUGAAGAAGAAUCUGAAUUGCCAUCCUAACACCGUGUACAGGGCCGUGAGUAGCUCUGUUACUCCAUUUGUUUUCUCAGCAUUGGAGUGACUUCAUAGAAACCUUGUGACCUGCUGCGAAAUUCUUUCCUCUCUAAAGAAAAGGUUUAUGGUAGCAAAGGAUGCUUAUUUUAUUUUGUAAAAAAAAGAAAAAAAUGUACUAUGUACUUUUGUGUAUACACUGAAAAAUCUGUAGUCAUCUCUGAGAAUUAACCUGCCACUGUUUCUACAGUGCUGUCUUCUUGGGUGAUGGGCAGUGAUGUGACUUUGUGUCGGUUUCCUUUGCAGUCCUUUCUUUCCUCCCUUUCCCCUCUUCCUCUGAGGAAACAAAAGGCCGCUGGUCGGGGCUGUGGCUCCGAGUCCUCCAGCUGCGCCCUCGCCCCUCGCAUGCUGGCUUCUGCGGCCCUGUGUGCUUGUGUUUCUCAUCUCUCACUCUUGCCCAAGUCACGCUUAACUUCGGGAGAGGAUAACUGUCAACAGCUUUAAUUAAAUCAUACUUAAAAAACUAUUUUCUUAUACUCCACUUUAUGCUUUUGGUAUUGUCGAUCUUUACAAUUAAAUGGUCUUUGAUAAUGGAUCGAUUUUUGUAUUGCCUUAUUAAGACCAAAUACUUCUUGUCAUCCCAUUCUUUGCCCUCUCCUUUAAUGGAAUUGUUGUCUUUAAUUAAAACUUUUUUAAACAUUGGCUUGUUUUAAUCAUACUGUAACUUUUGGUUGUGGUCAGCCUUGAGUGCAAAUGAGAUGUGUAAUUCUGUUAUCCAUCACCUGUUGAGUUGGAAACUCAGUUGGGAAUAUAUAACACAGUAGAAUGUAAGUGCCGUUUCUGACAGGGCUUUCUUCCCAGGUGAGCCCUUACGUUUAGCCUCAGUGUGUGUGGCUCUGUUCAGUACAGCCAUUUCUGAGAUGAGAGUCCAUUAUACACACACACGCACGCACACUCACACACAUAAACAUGCACACACGCACACACAUACAUAUACACACACACACAUGCGCGCACACCAAGGACUGGUGGCUUUUAGAGUUUUCUUUUAUAUAUACUUAUGAAAUACGGAAGACCAAUCAGACCUUUAAUGGACACUCAGUGCAACUUUUUAUAGUGAGAAUAAUGCUAAAGAAAGACCAAAACAGGUGUCAUCAGUGAAAUUAAUGAUUUUCAAUAUGUUCAUAUUUUACUUCACAAUGGGAAAAUAUGUCCCACAACUGGAAACUCAGUAGUACUUGUGUAAACCGUGGAAGAUUUUAAAUGUGAUGUUACUUUGACUGUUUUAAAUUUUAGAGUCACAUUUUAUUCUGAUUAGAAUUUUUAUCAAGAUGUUGAGCUUUUGUUUUUUUAAACUAGUUUGUCAUAACAUGUUGUGCAUAAUCACAGUAUUUAUUUUGUUAGGACUGUUGUGAAUGUGUAGACUUAUGUUUACUGCUAAGGGAACAAUUAUUUAUAAAAUAAUAUUAAAUCCAGUAUUAGCUGCCUACUUCAGACACUUCAUACCUGCAGAGAUCCGUGUUACAUUUACCACACUGAAGUUUUUUUAAAGACUCACCCUCAUUGUUGAAAGUAAAUGUACUCUUAGGGUGCGAAUAUUAGUGUUCCAAUAAGCAUGUGGUUAUAUUAAGGUGGUGGUAGCGGGAAGAUGAUCUUGAUUCCAUUGGGAAUCUUAGGUUUUCGUAAAUUUAUUGGGAAAAUAGUUUUUCCUGUACUGCUGACGUUUCUUUUUGGUAAACAGUAUCUUUCUAAAAGAAAAAGCAUGAAGGAGAAAUUGAGGUGUGUAUACAUUUCCUCAAAUGACCAGCAUUGUAUUCGUGAAUACUGUGUAUCUUGCAAUGAGCAGUGUGAAAGCUGUUCAUUUUUCAAUCUGAAGUAAAAUACUUUCAAGAA